UUGCCGUUCCCGCAGAGCUGACCUGCCCCGACACGGCCUGACGAACGAAGCAGCUGCAGGAUGAGAAGAUGGCAGCCCAGCUGCUCGCACCACCCGGCCCCGACAGCUUCAAGCCCUUCACGCCCGAGUCGCUGGCUAACAUCGAGAGGCGCAUUGCCGAGAGCAAGCUCAAGAAGCCGGCGAAGGCGGACGGCAGCCACCGGGAGGACGACGAGGACAGCAAGCCCAAGCCCAACAGUGACUUGGAAGCAGGGAAGAGCUUGCCUUUCAUCUAUGGGGACAUCCCCCAAGGCCUGGUCGCGGUCCCCCUCGAGGACUUUGAUCCAUACUAUUUGACGCAGAAAACCUUUGUAGUAUUAAACAGAGGGAAAACUCUCUUCAGAUUUAGUGCCACGCCUGCCUUGUACAUUUUAAGUCCUUUUAACCUGAUAAGAAGAAUAGCUAUUAAAAUUUUGAUACAUUCAGUAUUCAGCAUGAUCAUCAUGUGCACUAUCCUGACCAACUGUGUAUUCAUGACCUUUAGUAACCCUCCCGAAUGGUCCAAGAAUGUGGAGUACACAUUCACAGGGAUUUACACAUUUGAGUCACUAGUGAAAAUCAUUGCAAGAGGUUUCUGCAUAGACGGCUUCACCUUCCUCCGAGACCCGUGGAACUGGCUGGACUUCAGUGUCAUCAUGAUGGCAUAUGUGACAGAGUUUGUGGACCUGGGCAAUGUCUCAGCGCUGAGAACAUUCAGGGUUCUCCGAGCUUUGAAAACUAUCUCUGUAAUUCCAGGCCUGAAGACAAUCGUGGGUGCCCUCAUUCAGUCUGUGAAGAAGCUGUCCGAUGUGAUGAUCUUGACUGUGUUCUGCCUGAGCGUGUUCGCCCUGAUUGGCCUGCAGCUGUUCAUGGGGAACCUUCGAAACAAGUGUGUGGUGUGGCCCAUAAACUUCAAUGAGAGCUACCUUGAAAAUGGCACCCGAGGCUUUGACUGGGAAGAGUAUAUCAACAAUAAAACAAAUUUUUACACGGUUCCUGGCAUGCUAGAGCCCUUGCUCUGUGGGAACAGUUCCGAUGCUGGACAAUGCCCGGAGGGAUACCAGUGUAUGAAAGCAGGAAGGAACCCCAACUAUGGUUACACGAGCUUUGAUACUUUCAGCUGGGCCUUCUUGGCAUUAUUUCGCCUUAUGACCCAGGACUAUUGGGAGAAUUUAUACCAGUUGACCUUACGAGCAGCUGGGAAAACGUACAUGAUCUUCUUUGUCCUGGUCAUCUUUGUGGGUUCCUUCUACUUGGUGAACUUGAUCUUGGCUGUGGUGGCCAUGGCUUAUGAAGAGCAGAACCAGGCCACAUUGGAAGAGGCCGAGCAGAAAGAAGCUGAGUUCAAAGCAAUGUUGGAGCAGCUCAAGAAGCAGCAGGAAGAGGCCCAGGCUGCCGCGAUGGCCACUUCGGCAGGCACGGUCUCGGAAGAUGCCAUUGAAGAAGAGGGAGAAGACGGGGUUGGCUCUCCGCGGAGCUCCUCUGAACUUUCUAAACUCAGCUCUAAGAGUGCCAAGGAGCGUCGCAACAGGCGGAAAAAGAGGAAGCAGAAGGAACUCUCCGAAGGGGAGGAGAAAGGAGACCCCGAGAAGGUGUUUAAGUCAGAGUCGGAAGACGGAAUGAGGAGGAAGGGCUUCCGGCUGCCGGACAACAGGAUAGGGAGGAAGUUCUCCAUCAUGAACCAGUCGCUGCUGAGCAUCCCUGGCUCACCCUUCCUCUCCCGCCACAACAGCAAAAGCAGCAUCUUCAGCUUCCGGGGCCCCGGGCGGUUCCGAGACCCCGGCUCGGAGAACGAGUUCGCGGACGACGAGCACAGCACGGUGGAGGAGAGCGAGGGCCGGCGCGACUCGCUGUUCAUCCCGAUCCGGGCCCGCGAGCGCCGCAGCAGCUACAGCGGCUACAGCGGCUACAGCCAGUGCAGCCGCUCGUCGCGCAUCUUCCCCAGCCUGCGGCGCAGCGUCAAGCGCAACAGCACUGUGGACUGCAACGGCGUGGUGUCGCUCAUCGGGCCCGGCUCACACAUCGGGCGGCUCCUGCCUGAGGUGAAAAUAGAUAAGGCAGCUACGGACAGCGCAACAACCGAAGUGGAAAUCAAGAAGAAAGGCCCUGGGUCUCUCUUGGUCUCCAUGGAGCAGCUAGCCUCUUACGGGCGGAAGGACAGGAUCAACAGCAUCAUGAGUGUCGUCACCAACACGCUAGUGGAAGAGCUGGAAGAGUCUCAGAGAAAAUGCCCGCCAUGCUGGUAUAAGUUUGCCAACACUUUCCUCAUCUGGGAGUGUCACCCCUACUGGAUCAAACUGAAAGAGAUUGUGAACUUGAUCGUCAUGGACCCUUUUGUGGACUUGGCCAUCACCAUCUGCAUCGUUCUGAACACACUGUUUAUGGCAAUGGAGCAUCACCCCAUGACACCACAGUUCGAGCACGUCUUGGCCGUAGGAAACCUGGUAUUCACUGGGAUUUUCACGGCCGAAAUGUUUCUGAAGCUCAUAGCCAUGGAUCCCUAUUAUUAUUUCCAAGAAGGCUGGAACAUUUUUGACGGAUUCAUUGUCUCCCUCAGUUUAAUGGAGCUGGGUCUCGCAGACGUGGAAGGGCUGUCCGUGCUCCGGUCUUUCCGACUGCUCCGAGUCUUCAAAUUGGCCAAGUCCUGGCCCACCCUGAACAUGCUGAUCAAGAUCAUCGGGAACUCCGUUGGGGCCCUGGGCAACCUGACCCUGGUGCUAGCCAUCAUCGUCUUCAUCUUUGCCGUGGUGGGGAUGCAGCUCUUUGGGAAGAGCUACAAGGAGUGCGUCUGCAAGAUCAACCAGGACUGUGAGCUGCCGCGCUGGCACAUGCACGACUUCUUCCACUCCUUCCUCAUCGUCUUCCGUGUGCUGUGUGGGGAGUGGAUCGAGACCAUGUGGGACUGCAUGGAGGUGGCCGGCCAGGCCAUGUGCCUCAUCGUCUUCAUGAUGGUCAUGGUCAUCGGCAACCUGGUGGUGCUGAACCUAUUUCUGGCCUUGCUUCUGAGCUCCUUCAGUGCAGACAACCUGGCAGCCACCGAUGAUGAUGGAGAGAUGAACAACCUGCAGAUCUCUGUCAUCCGAAUCAAGAAGGGCGUGGCUUGGACCAAAGUCAAAGUGCACGCCUUCAUGCAGGCUCACUUUAAGCAGCGGGAGGCAGAUGAGGUCAAACCUCUGGACGAACUAUACGAAAAGAAGGCCAACUGCAUCGCCAACCACACCGGCGUGGACAUCCACCGCAAUGGCGACUUCCAGAAGAAUGGCAACGGUACAACGAGCGGCAUCGGGAGCAGUGUGGAGAAGUACAUCAUUGACGAGGACCACAUGUCCUUCAUCAACAACCCAAACUUGACCGUUCGGGUGCCCAUUGCUGUGGGCGAAUCUGAUUUCGAGAACCUCAACACCGAGGAUGUUAGCAGCGAGUCAGACCCUGAAGGCAGCAAAGAUAAACUGGAUGAUACCAGCUCCUCGGAGGGAAGCACCAUCGAUAUCAAGCCGGAAGUGGAAGAAGUCCCUGUGGAGCAGCCCGAGGAAUACUUGGAUCCAGACGCCUGCUUCACAGAGGGUUGUGUCCAGCGGUUCAAGUGCUGCCAGGUCAACAUUGAGGAAGGUCUAGGCAAGUCCUGGUGGAUCCUCCGGAAAACCUGCUUCCUCAUCGUGGAGCACAAUUGGUUCGAGACCUUCAUCAUCUUCAUGAUCCUGCUCAGCAGCGGAGCCCUGGCCUUCGAGGACAUCUACAUUGAGCAGAGGAAGACCAUCCGUACCAUCCUGGAGUAUGCAGACAAGGUCUUCACCUACAUCUUCAUCCUGGAGAUGUUACUCAAAUGGACAGCCUAUGGCUUCGUCAAGUUCUUCACCAACGCUUGGUGCUGGCUGGACUUCCUCAUCGUGGCUGUCUCUUUAGUCAGCCUUAUAGCUAAUGCCCUGGGCUACUCGGAACUAGGUGCCAUAAAGUCCCUUAGGACCCUAAGAGCUUUGAGACCCUUAAGAGCCUUAUCACGAUUUGAAGGGAUGAGGGUGGUGGUGAAUGCCUUGGUGGGCGCCAUCCCCUCCAUCAUGAAUGUGCUGCUGGUGUGUCUCAUCUUCUGGCUGAUUUUCAGCAUCAUGGGAGUUAACCUGUUCGCGGGAAAGUACCACUACUGCUUUAAUGAGACUUCUGAAAUCCGGUUUGAAAUUGAAAUCGUCAACAAUAAAACUGACUGUGAAAAGCUCAUGGAGGGCAACAACACGGAGAUCCGGUGGAAGAACGUGAAGAUCAACUUUGACAACGUGGGGGCAGGGUACCUGGCCCUUCUGCAGGUGGCAACCUUCAAAGGCUGGAUGGACAUCAUGUACGCAGCUGUAGAUUCCCGGAAGCCCGACGAGCAGCCCAAGUACGAGGACAACAUCUACAUGUACAUCUACUUCGUCAUCUUCAUCAUCUUCGGCUCCUUCUUCACCCUCAACCUCUUCAUCGGCGUCAUCAUUGACAACUUCAAUCAACAGAAGAAAAAGUUUGGAGGUCAGGACAUCUUCAUGACGGAGGAACAGAAGAAGUACUACAACGCCAUGAAGAAGCUGGGCUCCAAGAAGCCCCAGAAGCCCAUCCCCCGCCCUUUGAACAAAAUCCAGGGAAUCGUCUUUGAUUUCGUCACUCAGCAAGCCUUUGACAUUGUGAUCAUGAUGCUCAUCUGCCUUAACAUGGUGACCAUGAUGGUGGAGACGGACACCCAGAGCAAGCAGAUGGAGAACAUCCUCUACUGGAUUAACCUGGUCUUCGUCAUCUUCUUCACCUGCGAGUGCGUGCUCAAGAUGUUUGCCUUGAGGCACUACUACUUCACCAUCGGCUGGAACAUCUUCGACUUCGUGGUGGUCAUCCUCUCCAUCGUGGGAAUGUUCCUGGCUGAUAUCAUUGAGAAAUACUUUGUUUCCCCAACCCUCUUCCGAGUCAUCCGAUUGGCCCGCAUCGGGCGCAUCUUGCGUCUGAUCAAAGGCGCCAAAGGGAUUCGCACCCUGCUCUUUGCCUUAAUGAUGUCAUUGCCUGCCCUGUUCAACAUUGGCCUUCUGCUCUUCCUGGUCAUGUUCAUCUUCUCCAUCUUUGGGAUGUCCAACUUCGCAUACGUCAAGCACGAGGCUGGAAUUGACGACAUGUUCAACUUUGAGACGUUUGGCAACAGCAUGAUCUGCCUGUUUCAGAUCACGACCUCGGCUGGGUGGGACGGCCUGCUGCUGCCGAUCCUGAACCGGCCCCCCGACUGCAGCCUGGACAAGGAACACCCAGGCAGCGGCUUCAAAGGGGACUGCGGGAACCCCUCCGUGGGCAUCUUCUUCUUUGUCAGCUACAUCAUCAUCUCCUUCCUGAUCGUGGUGAACAUGUACAUCGCCAUCAUCUUGGAGAACUUCAGUGUAGCCACAGAGGAGAGCGCUGACCCACUGAGCGAGGAUGACUUUGAGACUUUCUACGAGAUCUGGGAGAAGUUCGACCCCGACGCCACCCAGUUCAUCGAGUACUGUAAGCUGGCCGACUUCGCCGACGCCCUGGAGCAUCCUCUCCGCGUGCCCAAGCCCAACACCAUCGAGCUCAUCGCCAUGGACCUGCCCAUGGUCAGCGGAGACCGCAUCCACUGCUUGGACAUCCUCUUCGCCUUCACCAAGCGGGUCCUGGGAGACAGCGGGGAGCUGGACAUCCUGCGGCAGCAGAUGGAGGAGCGGUUCGUGGCGUCCAACCCUUCCAAAGUGUCUUACGAGCCCAUCACAACCACCCUGCGGCGCAAGCAGGAGGAGGUGUCGGCCGUGGUCCUGCAGCGUGCCUACCGGGGACACCUAGCUCGGAGGGGCUUCAUCUGCAGAAAGAUCACCUCCAACAAGCUGGAGAACGGAGGCACACACCCGGAGAAGAGGGGGAGCACCCCGUCCACGGCCUCCCUCCCCUCCUACGACAGCGUGACGAAACCCGACAAGGAGAAGCAGCAGCGGGCGGAGGAAGGGAGAAGGGAAAGAGCCAAGAGGCGAAAAGAGGUCCGGGAGUCCAAGUGUUAGAGACAGCGAGGAGGGACGCUUACACCCGCUUAGCCCUGGCACGCGAAAGCCUGUUUACAGACUCCCGAAUCUCACGGGUGCAGAGCAGCUGUGGAGACGCUGGACCGGAAGACCUAUACCAAACGUAGUCUGCUUACACGGGACACGGUCGGUCGCAUCUGGAGCAGUGACCUGCCAAGGGCAAAGGACCCUGCUCCCUGGACUCAAGAUUUUCUACCGCUUGGGCAGGUGGUUACUGCAUGUUCCACACUCAGUCAAUGCAACUUAGGACUACACUAACAGGCUACAGAGCAGAGGCGGCUGCCGUCGCAGCCAAAUGGAUUUUAUUUUUUCAUUUGUUGAUUCUCAGAAGCAGAAAGCAUCACUUUAAAAGUUUGUUUGUUCAUGCAAACAAUAUUUGCAUUCUUACAUUAGUUAAGCUAAGCAGCAAAAAGAAACACACACACACACACACACACUCACACACACACACACAUUCAGCCUAUGUCACUAAUUGUCUGUUUUCUUUGACAUAAGCAGCAUCUUCUCCACAUGGGCGUCACGUGGUUUGGAGAUGGGUGGGGGAAACAAUCAGGUUUUUUCAGGCUGAGGAGGACUUGCUCAGGCCAAUUCCAAAUAUUGUGCUCGUUCAAUGCGUAGAAAUGAUUUGCAUGAUGGCAUGCCGUGAUCAGAAGUCAUGCAUGAGAUCCAUACACCACAAGACACUAUUAAUCCUGUCCCCUGCACUGGGUCAGCCUUUGGACAGGACCCAGCCCUGCACCGUUCACUGUAUUUGGAGAAAUGGUAAGAGUUCCAUACCGGCUGCAAUUCUUUCUGAGUUCUUAGAAGUCUUUCAUACACCUCUGGGUAGGGAAACAUAAUUAACCAAUUGACCACCACCACCACCACCACCAGAAACAAUCCAACCCAACAAGCAGAUGGAUCCGUUGUGUGUACAUGUUUAACAGACAUCUCAACAUACAGCCAUUGUUGCACAUUUUGCAAGGUAAACUAUCUAAUGCUGCUCUGUCCAGUUCCUGGGGAGACUUUGGCCCCGAAUGGCUUGUACUAUUAAUGUCACUGUAAAACCAAAUCCUAGGGCUAAAAAAACAAAUAGGAAAAGAGUUCAUUUGUAUCUUGCAAUAUUCUAAUGAUUGUUUAGCCUUCAUCCUGGAGAACUGUCACUGGGGUAGAGAUACAAGUGCUAUUCCAAGUAGCACGUAUCUCUAGGAGGCCUUUGGGGGACUUACAGAAACCUUUCUUUGGGGAUUAUGGGGUGCUCACUUCAUUCGGUGUCAUGUCUGUCUGCAUUAUGGCUUUUCUCAGGCUCAGGGAGAUGUGGAAAGGGGUUCAGGGGUUCUGAACCCGCAGAGGGAUUCACAUGCUCCAUCUGCUGGUCCUUCCUGCCUCCAUCACCUCCUCCAACCAGCAGGGCUGCCCUUCCCAGCCGUCCAGGGCUGGGUAAGGGCAGCAGUGUUGCUUGGGGUAUGGCUGCGGGCUCUUCCGUUCAUGGUCUUCAGAUGACCGUAACUAGCAGGACCUGAGGUAGAGGUGGGGCCGCUCUGGACCGAGCCCGCUUGGUCCUGUCACUGCGCUGGCUUUUGUGAGAAGGGACUCGAGUCGUCCUCUCGGGUGUUGCGGCUUCCCUGGCACUUCCUCUCUGCCCACCUUGCUUUCUGCUUAGUGGCCUGACCACUGUCGUCAGGGGAUGACUUCUGGGAGAGCGCCAUGGCUUCCAUCCCAUCUCCUGCUCUGCAGAAGCCAGCUCUUAGUCCAGGGUGUCUCCCCUGAACACAAGGCUUCAAAGCCAAGAUGCUGCACUUGAGUGUUAGAAAGUCUCUGGGAACCAAGUCAGCACUGUCCUUCCUGAGCACAGGGCGGAGGGAAGGACGCGAGCAGUCCACCACUAGACCCGUCAGGCCAGUCUGCCCUGCCUGCGGUGGCAGCACUUUGGAUGUGACCUCACAGUCCCCUUGACUAGUUUCGCAUAGAACAAACCACAGCCAGCCGGUGAGCAGAGCUUCCUCUGGUGGGACCGGUAGACACUGUCCUGCUGUCCUAAGCGUGCCGAGACCUGCUCGGGAAGUGUGGCCAGGCCACUGCUGCUAGGACGAAUGUAGAGAACCACGUACAGGCGCGUGACGUCGUAAACAGCACAAAACAGAAGCUGACGUGUGUGGUUAUUCUUUUUAAGAGAAUUAUAAAUACUGUAAUAUAUAAUUUUAUUUUAUUGGCAUGCCUUUUGUAAAUACAAAUUACUAACUUAUUAAAUAGGAAAUGGCUUCUGGCUUAUGCCAUUGUCAUGUUUAUUUUUAUUUUUUAUACUUUCCUUUCUUCUUAGAACUAGAUGCUGUCAGCCAAUGUACACCCCAACCAGACAGACAGACAAAAAAUUUUUUAUUGCUAAUGGUCUUUUCCAAAACAACAAAAAAAUAUAUAUUUUUGUUCCAAUGUGCAAUAAAUUCUAACCACUUCUAUGCAAGAUUUGGCUAAACUUAAUCAUUGUUCUUAGAUCUUGAGAUGGGCAACAGCUAUUUGAUCUUGCUAGGAACACCAAGCGCCAUGCUAGGAAUGUCCUUAAGCUGCUAGAGCCUAGAUCUGACCCUCCUGACCCAGCCCAGCAGGCCGCCGCCUCCCUCCCUCCCUCGCUGCCUCCCUGCCUCCCUCUCUCCACCCGCCUCGGGAUCUCACACCUCUGCCCACUGAUUAGACCUCCCCACCUGUUGCCCGUCCCCCUCCUUCCCUGCACCUGGCCACUCCCCCCUCCCUCGCUCUCCCUCCAUCCUGCUCCACACUUCUUGUGAACCACACCAUCACCAGCAGUUCACACCCGCAGUUAACAGGCAUCGAACCUAAAGAAUCGGUCGGCUAUGGCAGUUCUGGGUUGGUUCCGUUUUGUUUUGUUCCGUGUCCUCACAGAGUGAGCAAGUGGCGACGCUUUGCCAGAUAUUCACGAAGCCCACCAAUCAAAGAGCAGCAGCAGCCAGUACCACUGCACAUAUAUAUAUAUAUAUAUAUAUAUAGAUAUAUAAAUAUAAAUAUUUAUUUUUUUGUAGCCGGGUCCUUGGUGCAGUAUUUAUAUUCCACGAUCCUCCUUUAAAAAUAAAAAUAAAAAGGACAAAAAGCAAAAAGUCAUGUGAUGCUGUUCAUUUAAAACGCAGAGCCAAAGGCCCUGAGCGGGAGCCGCCCUGACUGCUGGUUACACGGUGAAAACACUCCCCUCUUCCUUAACUUCCCUGUGGCUUAGGGUGAGGAGACUGGGAAGCCGAGCCGAGGGUGAGAGCCAGAGUGGCCUGCUCGCCAUCACUUACGCAUUUGAAGCUGUGGGCAGAGAGAUACAAGCUCCCUGGCAGGGCCCCCGGCGCUACCGAGCCCAAAGGGCUUCUUUCACUUGAUCUCCACAACCAGUGUAAACUGUACAAGAUCAGUAGAGUGCUAGUGAAUGCAUGGAGGCCAGCGCUGCGCUAAAUGAGACGUGAUUUCAAAGCAGUCAAUUACUAUAAGCCAAAAGGAAACCAAAUAAAAAUGGCCCUUUUUACCACACAAGGGAAGCCUGUCUCGGUGUGUGUCUGUUGUCUGACUUGCCCAUUCUCGAGUUCUGGAAGGGGUCUGGGAACUGGGAGCCUGGAGCAUUUGGGAAGAGGAGAGAGGAACCAGAGCCUCCCAAUUCUGGCUAAGUAGAGACUGCAGAGAACAGCCAGGUCCCGACCCCCAGGUCGCUGCUGCCGGUUGCAUGUGGCAUUACCCCUUAGGCUGGACCCCUCCCUCAGCUGCCUGACCCAGCAGAGCCCCCAGAGAUGACCUCAGCCACCCCAGCUGGACUGGCCUAACUUCUGCCUCGUUCAUGGAAAUGAUUUAAGAAAAAACUACCCCGUCCCCCAAAGCUAGCGCAAGGCGAGCAGCUUCCGCUCCGCUAGCGAGCGCUGGGCCCUGCCCUUCAUCCACUCCCAUAACCAGACCAGCAGACUGGGGCCGUCCCCUUCACGUGUGUGCAGGGGCGGGGACACCCCUCUCCAGGCCGUGUCUCCUGGUCUGGGGACACUCAGGAGGUCUUGAAGUGCCCACUCUGCCUGGAGAGAUUGGCUGGUAGGUCAGUCCCCACCUUGUCCUCAGCCCCAGCCUCCAGGCCUUCUGUGGAGGGUUCGGACUUAGUGACUUGAUUCCUGGGCAUCCGCCGGAACGAUGCCUCUUUCUUUUCUCAGACGUUGCCCAAAGUUUUGCAAAAAGCUUCGUUCAUUUUCAGGUACUCCCCCACCCCCUAGAGAAUCAGCUGCCGGCCAGUCAGUGGGGGGCAGGGGGCGUCGGGAAAAGAGGAAGUCUGGAUGUGAGGCCAAGACUUGCACUGGGCUAGUGCUAAUUGGAUCCUCUUCUCAAGGCUUCCUCCAUCAAAACACUCCUGAGGCGCCCCUGCCCCCACCCCUGCCCCUGCCCCUGCCCCUGUUUGCUGUACAUAGAGGCUAAGUGGGGCGAAGUGGGCAGGUGUGCACAUGUGGUGUGUGUGUGUGUGUGUGUGUGUGUGUGUGUGUGUGUGUGUAUGAAGAAUGUACAUAGGUAAAGGGGAGCGUGGUCCAGUGGUUCCAGAAGAGGGACAGAACUGUGUUCCAUCCCUAGCUUGACCACUGGCUCGCUGUGUGGCCUUGGGCAAGUCACUUAACCUCUCUGUGCCUCAGUUUCCCCAUCUGUAAAAUGGGGGUAAUAAUACUGACCUACCUCACAGGGGUGUUGUGAGGCUUUAACUAGGUGUUUUGUAAAGCGAUCUGAGAUACAGAGACCAAGGCGCCAGGGAAGGGCAAAGCAUACUGUGGACUUGAGGAAGAUGAACUAGUACCAUAAACGCUGCUAUUCUGAGAGCCAUUUUAAACUGCACUGCUCCAGCCCAUCCCCGCUUCUCAUCACCAGGACAGCAGGUCGAGAAAUGUCUUUCCUUGCACUUGCUUCUGGGGUUCGUGAUUCUUACAAUUUUCCCCCUUGCUGUAUCUCCUUCCUUCCCCGCCUCGACUCGUCCCCGUUGUUUAUGCGGAAAUGGCAGAAAUGCUUGAGAAACGAGAAUGUAUAAGCGGAUUGGAAGUUUAUAGUCUGAAUUUUCAAUUUUACUUUGUACUGUACAUCUUUUUACUUUAGAAUUUGCAAUAAAGGGUUACGUCAAUCUUGUUUUCAACUCUC